CUUUCUUAAACAUUUUCUUGAGAGAGUGAACCGAUAUGUAUCUUAUGUCGUAACCGGUACGCACAAGUUUAAAAAAAAAAAAAAAACAUGCGUAGCACGACGAUUGUACCAAAUGCACACUUCCGGAAUCACGGUUCUUUUCCGCAGCGAAGAGUUUAUCUGGCUAGUUAGCACUUUAGCAUGCUAAGCCAGCAGUUUCCUCCUCCAUCAGCGCACUCUUGAGUUUGUCUCUCCGCAGGCAGAAUAAGCUUUGAAUAGCGCACUGCGUGCUCGUAGAGAAACAUAAACGUGUAAACGGCUACUUAAGACAUAAUAUAACGUGAGGUUAAAUAGAUAUUUUAGAGAAUUCAGUUAGCAUAGCUCAACCACUUGCAGAUAUCUGUUAGCGUUAGCCGCUGGGUUCAGUAAGCAGCUUUAACUAAACUGUGUUGUUUUUAUAUAAGCUUAAAAACACCACUUUCUUCCCCCCAACCGCGAAUUGUGCUGUAAAUACACAAGCGUUGGCUAUCAGCGGCUGUGCCUGCCUGAUUAGCUUCUUAUGAGAGCAAGCUCCAAAGCCGUUAAAUAUGAUGGCAAAAAGCGUACUGUGUUUUAAUACCCUUAGACUUGCUAUGAUUUUGAUCCUGGUCAAAUAAAUGUGGAUAAACGGUUCAUUUCGCUAGCGUUGACAGCCAAUUAGCAAGCACCAUAACAUCAAGUGUUUAUUUGGGUUGGGAUCUGAGCUCUUAAGUUCAUGCGGGGUCAGUGCUGGGUGUUUACCAUAGAUGUAUAUAUAUAGUAUACCAGAGCAGCGGCUCUCAGUCCCAGCACUUCAGCACCAGGAUUGAGAGGAUCUUAUGGUGUGCUAUUAAGUUUUAAAGCCUGCCCCUCUGAAUCACUCCUCUCCAGGGUUUAAAUUAUCACAGAUCAAAAGGACAGUAUGGCCACCACUGUCGCAGUCAGCCCCAGUGAAUAUCUCCAGCCCUCCACCACCACUUCUCAAGAUUCACAGCCCUCCCCGCUGGCACUUCUGGCGGCUACCUGCAGUAAGAUCGGGCCUCCGGCCGCACAGGCCUCAGUCAGCAUGCCACCAUCUCAGCCAACCACACGCCGUCUGCACCCAAUCAAGCCCGCUCCUAUUGCCCCUGCUCCACCCAAAAACCUUGGAUUCCUCUCAGCAAAGGGAAAUGUUAUCCAGCUGCCCGCGGGACUUGGUUCGUCAGGGGCCAGCCCUAUUGUCUUCACUAUUCAGAGCCCUUCACGUCCAGCAGGCACAUCCACUGCCAACAUCCAGUACCAAGUGAUUCCUCAGUUCCAGGGGUCUCAGACCAUUCAAAUGAUGCCUCAGGGAGGACAGAUCCAGAUCAUCCCAGGGACCAACCAGGCCAUCAUCACCUCACCCGUCACAGUUCAGACCGCCACACCAGCCCCGCCCCCUCUGGCCCCGGCCCCCCAGCAGAAGACGGUGGCGAUCAAGCCGUCUUCUCAGAAGCGGCGGCAGAAUAAUGCCAGCAUAAAUGCUAACUUUGUACGGCUUCCCAGUGGACUCACACUCCCACUCAAUGUUAGUACGAGCGAGGUUGUUACGGAGACUGCUGCUGCUCCAGUGAAGGGCAAGAGGGGGAGGAAGAGACAGGUGGCUAUAGCCCCGCCCACCCCGACCGCUCAACCAGCCUCACCGCCGCCUAUAGCUGAACAGGUUGAAGCCUUGCUAAUAGAGACCACAUCCGACAACAUUAUUCAGGCAGGAAAUAAUUUCCUGAUCGUGCAGAGUCCAGGGGGGGGUCAGCCUGCUGUGGUGCAGCAGGUGCAGUUGGUUCAGCAGAAAUCAGAUCAGCAGGUCGUUCAGAUCCCCCCGCAGGCUCUAAAAGUUGUACAGGCCGCUUCUGCCACACUUCCCCCUGUACCACAGAGACAGACAGUCACGCCCAGUGUGCAGGUGCCCCCCCCAGAACCCACGCAGGUGCUGAUUAAAACAGCCUCAGGUGAAUGGCAAGCUGUACAGCUACAGGAGACUACGGUUACCACGCCAACAACACCCACCAGCACGCCCACAACUGCCAUGGUCACUAAAAAGGCUCAAACAGGGACAAGGAAAGAAAGGACUCUCCCUAAGAUCGCCCCGGCUGGAGGGGGGCUGAUUACACUGAACGCAGCCCAGCUGACAUCUGCUGCUCAGGCAGUUCAGACCAUCAAUAUUAAUGGUGUCCAGGUGCAGGGUGUUCCUGUGACGAUCACCAACGCUGGGGGCCAGCAGCAUCUCACAGUGCAGACGGUUCAAGGUGCGGGUCUGCAGCUGGGCGGUGUGCAGACACAGACACAGACCAUGCAGGUGGAACAGACGCAGACACUCGCACUGGAACUGCAGAGUCAGCCAGGAGAGAAAAAGCGGCGCAUGGCCUGCACCUGUCCGAACUGCAAAGACGCAGAAAAGAGGCCAGGAGAGGUGGGGAAAAGAAAACACAUCUGCCACAUAGCAGGCUGUGAAAAGACCUUUCGAAAGACUUCGCUGCUGCGGGCGCAUGUCCGACUGCACACGGGAGAGAGACCCUUUGUGUGCAGCUGGGUCUUCUGCGGAAAACGAUUCACACGCAGUGACGAGCUGCAACGACACGCCAGGACACACACGGGAGACAAACGCUUUGAGUGCAAUAAGUGUCAGAAACGUUUCAUGCGGAGCGACCACCUCACAAAGCAUUACAAAACACACAUCAACACAAAGAGCCUGUGAACGUCGUCUUUCACAGGCUUUCAAGAACUUUGAGGGGGAUAUGAAAGAAAAACGCUGUUCCCAGGGCUUGUGAGAUGGGAGGAAACAGAGGUCAACCCGCCUUCACAUGUACGACGUGGCUCUGGAAGAUCACCUGUUUUGACCAGCCGUUUCAGGGUAAACUACACUUUUUUUUUUUAUUUUACUCGCCCUCAUCAACAGAGGAACGCUGGCUGGCCGUAAAGUGUGGCCCUCAACCGGGAUUUAUAAAGAACAUGGAUGCCAGUUGUGUUUUGGUUGAUUCCUCUGUAAUACAGAGCAGAAAAGAUGUCUGUCUCAGCACCAACAGACACUCGAAACCGCUACUUUUCCCCUGCACUUAAUUUUUUUCACGUUUUUGGUUGUUUUAGCUAAACCAAGCCCCUCACAAGAAGUGUAGCAGCUAAUGGACAGUGUUUCCUGGCUUUUAUUGUGUAAAUGUUUGUUUUCAUACGUACAAACAUACAUUUGUACUAGGGCUGGGAAAAUAAAUCGAUGCGUCGCCAAUCGAGAAAUGAUUCAGCAUCGAUUCUGAGAUUUCCCGAAUGCAUCGCCAUUCUUUCUUGAAUUGAUUCGGAGCAGAGUUUUGAACAUCAGAUGGCACUCCAUGCUUUAGAAACAGCCGUACUCUACUUGUUUCCAAAUCCUUACACACACUUGAACCUAAAAUAAUAAUUCAUAAAAUUUGAAAAGGUUGAAGCAAAUUACAAAGUUGUUCACAGUGGGCUGAGUUUACAUUAAUCUCGCGUCAUUAAAGCAUUCUAAGCUGAGGUGAAAUUACAUGAUAUGCCGAAUGCACACGCGCUCUUUAGCCCUCUUCUUCAUGAGCAUUUGAGUGUGCAGAUAAAAACUAGAUUAGAGCGCCAUCAGCUGUUAAAAUCUAAGAUCAGAAUCGAUUCCAGAGGAAUCGCGAUGCAUUCUGAACAUCUAAGAAUCGGUCCAUGAAUCGAUUCUGCAUCGAUUUAUCGUCCCAGCCCUAAUUUGUACAUACUAUGGCAAAUUUGGAAACAAAAGCGAUGCUUUGGACAAACUCUUUGACUCAGUUCAAUUAUAUUCAGUUGAUAAAUUAUUUUUUUUUUAAGUCUGCUUUGGAAUUUUAAACAGAAGCUUGAAAGUUUGUAUAACUUUGGUUGGUUGUUUUUAAUAUUAGUGGAUGUUUGGAAAAGAAAUAUUUGGCUUUUACAUACUCGUCCGUGUUAGACAAUCAUGUCUUAUAUAGAGGAGAUAAACCAGAGGGUAAAUAUCUUGGGACUUGCUACACAUUAAAAGGUUCAUCAUCAUAAUAAGGAAUAAUUUAUUUAUAAAAAAAAAAAAAAAAAAAAAAAAAAGCGGAAAUGGCAUCGGAUGUAUGCAGGUUGUGUCUUUAUUAAAAGAUUGCAAAUGUGUCCGUUCAAAAAAUUGUAGAUAAAGAAGAACUCGUGUGUAUGUUCUCGUGUAAAGCAGAAUGAAAUGUCUCACGAAACAGGACACAAUGUGAUGAAAAUGUGAUUGAAUGUUUUAUUUCAUUGAAGGUACUUAUAAGUCCAUGCUGAUGGAUUUAAUGGCUAGCUAAAUUCAGUCAUUCCAUUUAAGUUCAUCCAAGUUUUUGUCCAAGCUCUCUAAAAGAGGCCUUAAGAAGAAGAAAAACCUGUGCUUAUGUAUGUUUGUAUAGUGUCUUGAGUUGCGCUGUUGUAUUUGGGUGUAAAAUGUAGGAUAAUUGUUACACAAACCUGUAUUGGCUAUUGCUGCCAAACAUGAAAGAUAUGGACUGUGUACAGUGUAAAUGAGAAGGAAAAAACAAUGUUGUAUAGUUUCAUUCCUAAUAGAUUACCCUUUUUAUUGACUAAAAGUUGCCUUAGUCUGCAGCACCCCAUAUUUAAAGAUAUUUGUCUUUUUCCAGGGAACUGCAUUUGUAGACCUGCUUUAUUAUUAUUUUUUGUCUAACUUAUAAAGUGUGAAGAAAAAUGCCAAUUUAUGUGCACUGACCAAAUUCAGGGUUUUCACUGAGUGGAUAAUUAAAUUUUUUGGUUCAUGUACCUACAUCUGAUUUGACAGAAUAAAAAGUUCUUUAUCUAUCCUUGAUAAACCCCACAUUUAAAGAGCCCUGGCUUUGAAAAUCGGUAGGUAACCCUGUGUUUGUAUAACUUGUAUUGAGGAGCUUAGACCAGAGAACUUGCUAUCUUUUUCUACAGUCAGACCACCGCUCCCACUCACCCAAUAAAGCAUAACACAAAACA